AUGGGCCUCGUCGACGCUAGCCAUGUCUUUCUCCUCUUGCUAGUCGCCACCUUAUCCAUCUUCUUGGUGCGCAAUCGUUUGCUACCAGGUCCAGCGCGCAACGAGGGGAAGCCAGCGAAAUAUGACAAGACGUUCCGUGUCCGCGGUGUUCCUCGCGAGUGGGAUCUCGCCCGUUUGCGGUCCUUCCUCGAGGAACGCGAUUCACACCUGACUGUCAAAUCACUCGCACGAGAGAUCCAUGGCCGUUCGUCGUCGGGCACCGUUACCUGCCGAGAUACCCCUACCGUACUUUUGAUACCCCUGGAUCUGACCAACUCUUCGGGGGCGCGCCUCCAAGUCCUCACGCUGGACGACGACUUUGUCGGCAUGACGACACUCUUCGCACCGCCCGACAAGGACCACAGAAUCGAUGUCGUUGCUAUAUCGGGCCUCGGGGGCCACGCGUUUGGCUCUUUCAAAGAGAGAGGUGGGGAGCAUAUGUGGCUGCGAGACGCCCUGCCGUACGAUCUCAAGAGCGAGGCUACCGAGGGGCAUAUGGCGCGCGUGAUGACGUAUGGGUAUGGGUCGGCGGUUGCAGAGAGCCAAAACACCGAUAACCUGGAAGACUUGGCAACGGCAUUCCACAACAGCCUCCUUCCGUUGGCCUCUUCUGCGCAAAGAAAGCCUAUUAUCUUCAUUGCCCACAGCCUGGGAGGACUGAUCUUGAAGCAGAUGCUCAUUACUCUGGCAAAGUCGGAGCAAGAGGACGAUAAGAAGCUCUUAGAGGCUGUGUAUGGCAUCGUCUUCUUCGGCGUUCCACACGACGGCAUGGAUAUCAGCUUUCUUAUCCCCAUGGUCGGAGACGGGCCGAAUCGGUUCCUUGUUGAAUCGAUUAGUCGCAUCAAUUCGCAGAUUCUAAGCAUCCAGCAGCGCGAUUUCCACAAAGCACUCAGGGCCGAGGGUGAAUCCGAAAUUGUCUGUUUCUACGAGACGAUGCAAUCACCAACGGCUAAACAGGAUGAGAGUGGCAACUGGGCCAUGUCAGGACCGCUGAAGGUGCUCGUCACCAAAUCCUCAGCGACGCAUUGCCGUCCGUGGGAGGACGGACCGGAGCACAACUGUGCCGUCGCGCGGUCACAUUCGGGCAUGGUUAAGUUUAGGCCCAAUGACCCCGAGUAUGAUAAGGCCUGCGAGAGGCUGAGGGGCCUUGCUCGACGGGCAGUGACGGGGCGUCAUCGACGGCAGGCACUUAACGCGAAGUUCCUUGUGCCAUACAAUAAGAAUCAAGACUUCGUCGGACGAUCCAAUAUCUUGGACGACCUGAAGCAGUUGCUGGGUUUCGGUCAGCGCCCUGGAGCCGCAGGGUCGCGACCCAGGGUGGCGCUGCACGGCCUGGGCGGAGUUGGAAAAACGCAAAUUGCAUUGGCAUACGUCUAUUGGCUUCAAGAAGCUUGUCCUGAGGUGUCCGUGUUCUGGGUUCACGCAAGCAACGCCGAGCGAUUUCGUCAGUCAUUUGCUUCUAUCGCAGAAGAAUGCCAGAUUCCCGGCCACGAUAAUCCUCAAACGGAUGUUCUUCUGCUAGUAAAACAAUGGCUAGGGAGAAAGGAGAAUGGGCAGUGGCUCAUGGUUCUCGACAACGCUGACGACGAGCCGCUCUUCUUUAGCGCUGCCGGUAGCAGCUCCAUUGGGGUAAACAAGCUCGGACAGUACAUUCAAGAGUGUAACCAUGGAGCAGUGCUCGUGACGACCAGGAACAAGAAAGUAGCCGUGAGGCUGACCAAGUCCGCUGCAACCUAUACAGUGGAGAUUCGGCAAUUGGGUGAGGAGGAAUCCAAGCAGCUGCUCAAAACAAUGCUCAAGGAAGACGACGAAGUUACACACGUGCUAUCAGCGCUGUCCUCUCGCCUGGAGCAUCUGCCGCUCGCGCUCGUCCAGGCGGCCGCCUUUAUUCAGGCAAAUUGCAUUUCCAUCGAAGAAUAUCUCGACCUACUCGACGAGAGCGACCAUACUGUCGUCGACCUGCUGAGCGAGGACUUCGAGACGAUCGGGCGGGACUCAGAGGCUCCACAGGCGGUGGCGCAGACGUGGAUGCUCUCGUUCCGACAGAUCAAGGAACAGGAUGCGUUGGCGGGCGAUUUGCUUUCGUUGAUGAGCCUGUUCGACCGGCAGGGCAUUCCAAUACCGUUUCUAUCGCACUAUAGUACACAGGAAUGCAACGGAGGCCCGAAGAGCAAUAUGGAGCUGACCAAAUCUAUUGGGCUUCUAAAAGCCUUUAGCCUCAUCUCAGAGGAGAAGAGUGGCGGCCUGGACAUGCAUCGGCUGGUGCAGUUAGUAAUGCGUAAGUGGCUCGCCAACGAUGGCAAGAUGAGUGAGUUUGGGAGGGAAGCGCUGUCGACGGUAUCCCAGAUGUAUCCAAUUGGGGGGUUUGAGAACCGGACGAUAUGUAGUACGUAUCUACCGCACGCAAACGCUGUGCUGGAGAUCGAUUUUGGCGGGCUAGGGGAUGAUGGGGAGCAGGCGAAGGCAGAACUGCUCCAUUGCGUGGCUAGCUACUUGGAUUUCGAGGGCAAAUGGAGCGACGCAGAGAAGCUCAGCAUGGCUGCUGUAGAGAUUCGGAGGAGGGUCCUGGGCAAGAAGCAUCCCGACGCGCUAACUAGCAUGGCAAUCCUGGCAUCGACGUACCGGACUCAGGGGCGGUGGAAGGAGGCGGAGGAGCUGGGGUUGCAGUUAAUAGAUCUCAGUAACAGGGUGCUAGGGGAGGAGAAUCCCAAUACGCUCGCUAGCAUGGCCAACCUAGCGUCGACGUACCGGAAACAGGGGCGGUGCAAGGAGGCGAAGGAGCUACAGAUGCAGGAACUACGUAUCCGCAGGAGAGUUCUAGGCGAGGAGCAUCCCGAUACGCUCACCACAUUGACGUAUAGGAAGCAGGGGCGGUUGAAGGAGGCGGAGGAACUGGGGGUACGGGUGAUGGAGACCCGGAGGAGCGUGCUAGGCGAGGAGCAUCCCGAUGCGCUUACCAGCAUUGGAAACCUGGCGUCAACAUUCCGGACUCAGGGGCGGUGGAGGGAGGCGGAGGAGCUAGGGGUGCAGGUGAUGGAAACCCAGGAGAGGGUGUUGGGCGAGGAGCAUCCCCGCACGCUAGCCAGCAUGGCGAACCUCGCGGCGACGUACCAGAAUCAGGGCCGGUGGAAGGAGGCGAAGGAGCUAGGGGUGCAGGUAAUGGAGGCCCGGAAGAGGGUGCUAGGUGAGGGGCAUCCCAAGACGCUGACCAGCAUGGCAAACCUCGCGGCGAUGUACCAGAAUCAGGGGCGGUGGAAGGAGGCCGAGGAGCUCGGGGUGCGGGUGAUGGAGACCCGCAAGAAGGUGCUGGGCGAGGAGCAUCCCGACACGCUGACCAGCAAGAAUAGCCUGGCCUGGACUUGGUAUGAGAUUGGCCGAGCCGUGGAAGCAAAGGCGUUGAUGCAGGAUUGCAUUCAUCACCGGCAGAAGAUACUUGGCCAGGAUCAUCCUCACACCCAGUCUUCCAUAUCGGCCCUGGGUAGAUGGAAGAGUACAAGGUAG